ACGGAGAGCAUGGACGUGAACGUCGAACAGUAACUGCUGCGAUGAAUUCCCUUACUUUUUCUAUUGACACCAGGUUUAAUCCGUCGGCAACGAAUGUAUUUUCUGAUCUCAGAAGAGCCGGACAGUUAUGCGAUGCCGUUAUCAAAGUUGGAAACCACGAGUACCCGAUUCACAGAGCAAUUAUGUCUGCAUGUAGUCCCUAUUUCAGAGCUUUGUUCACAGAUUCAUUGUUUCAUACAGAUAGAAGAGAGGUGGUUAUUCCGGGAGUUUCAGCCGAAAUCAUGGAAAUGAUAAUAGAUUAUGCAUAUACCAGGGACGUUAAUAUAACAGCUGACAACGUAGAACAAAUUUUACCCGCUGCAGACCAGUUUCAUGUCGCAGGAUUAAUUAAAGCUUGUUGUGAUUUUCUUUACAAUGAAAUUUCUCCUGAAAAUUGCAUUGGAAUACGAAAAUUUGCCCGUUUUUAUUUUUGCCAUAAUUUAGAAAGGAGCGCAUUCAAUUAUAUUAUGAAUAAAUUUGGAGAAGUUUAUUCCAAAAGCAAUGAAUUUCUACAGUUAGACAUCGAAGAGGUCUGUGACUUACUUAGCUCAGACCAAUUAAAUGUAAAAAAUGAAGAAAUAGUUUUUGAUGCUGUUCUCAGAUGGAUAGAUUAUGAACCUGAAUAUCGUAAGGUUCAUAUUGCCCGUCUAUUACGCACGAUCCGUUUAGGUUUGCUUACAACUCAGUAUUUUGUGGAAAAAGUUAAGUCACAUCCGUAUGUCAAAGAAAAUGACCAAUGUAAACCAAUAGUUAUCGAAACAUUAAAAUUCCUGUAUGAUUUAGAUAUGGACGAGGAGAAAGAUGUUGAUUUAAAUAACCCAUUAGCAAAACCAAGGGUUCCACAUGAAGUUUUGUUCGUUAUUGGAGGAUGGAGCGGAGGAUCUCCUACAAAUAUAUUAGAAACAUAUGAUACACGUGCUGACAGAUGGGUAGUAUGUGAAGCUGUAGACCAAGGUCCUAGAGCAUACCAUGGAACAGCUACAAUAGGCCAUGAAAUCUAUGUUAUAGGCGGGUUCGAUGGUGUGGAGUAUUUUAACAGCGUUAGAUGUUUUAAACCUAUCUACAAAGAAUGGUCCGAAGUUGCUCCUAUGAAUGCAAAACGUUGUUAUGUGAGCGUAGCAGUGCUGGAUGGAUACAUCUAUGCCAUGGGUGGAUUCGAUGGACAUAUACGUCAAAAUACGGCUGAACGAUACCUGGCCGCUAAGAACCAAUGGAGCCUUAUACAACCAAUGAACCAUCAAAGAAGUGACGCUAGUGCUCAUAGUCUAAACGGAAGAGUUUAUAUUUGUGGUGGAUUUAAUGGUCAAGAGUGUUUAAGUUCCUGUGAGUAUUAUGACCCCCCUUCCAACCAGUGGACAAUGAUUGCUACCAUGAGGAACCGGAGGAGUGGUAUAGGAGUUAUAGCCUAUAGAGACUGUAUCUUUGCUCUUGGUGGUUUUAAUGGAAUCACCAGAAUGAAUACAGGAGAGAAAUAUAACCCAAUAACUAACCAGUGGAGUACAAUACCAGAAAUGUAUAAUCCAAGAAGUAACUUUGCCAUAGAAGUAAUUGAUGAUAUGAUAUUUGCUAUUGGUGGCUUUAAUGGAGUGACAACAAUAUUUAAUGUAGAAUGUUAUGAUGGAUCAACAGAUGAAUGGUAUGAUGCUACAGAUAUGAACCUGUAUAGAAGUGCCUUGAGUGCAUGUGUUGUCUCUGGUCUCCCAAACAUACAUGAUUAUAUAUAUAAAGAUAGAGACAAGACUGAUGAUAAUGAAGAAAGAAGAAAACGAAAAAGUCCUGUUUGAAAUAUCUAUAUAGCCAAAAUAAAAUAGUUUAUUUCUGA